UUACUUCCUUGCCUGUGGUGAUCUGUUUGUUUCGUUUUCAUCAUUUCAAUUGUUCUGAGAAAAUGUUCCAGCUUAUCUGACAUAUUUAUGGGCUCAGCAUCUAAACAGAGAAUAACCUCUUUCUUGCCAUUGCCAAAGAAAUAAACUAGUGGUUUCAGGAGACUGAAAGACUCUUCAAGAACGUUCACUUGGGCUUGUCAGUCCGCUCAGAUUGGAGUACCAGGUUCUACGUCAGCAUGCCCAUCCGUUCGAUCUACUACUUCUGUCUUCUUUUUGUUAUCAUUUUCCUUUCAUAUGAGUUAUACCAAGUCAGUCUGAUUUCCAGAACCAAAUCCUAUGAAGCAAAGAAGAGACCCAUCCAUGUUCUCAUUAUAUCUUCCUGGCGUUCUGGCUCUUCCUUCAUUGGGCAGAUCUUCAAUCACCACCCCGAAGUCUUUUAUCUCUUUGAACCUGGACAUUCAGUCUGGAUGAGAUUUAAAACACAAGGGGCCAAACUGCUUCACUACGCAGUCAGAGACCUCAUUCACUCACUUUUUACUUGUGACGUUACCCCUCUCCAACAGUAUGUCUCUGGAGAUAGACGGUACAUCUCCAGCAUGAACUUCUUUGCAGAGAGUCGGGCUUUGUGUUCACCACCAUCUUGUUUGCAUCCACUGGUUCCUGGAGGCUAUAAUCGAUCAAUAUGUUACCACCUCUGUGGGAAGUCUACCUUUGAUAAAAUGGCAGAGGCAUGUCACACAUAUAGUCACAGGAUCAUGAAGACAGUUCGAAUUCUAGAUCUUACUGUUCUCCUUCCACUUUUUCGAGACCCUGAACUUGAUCUGCGAAUCAUUCAUCUUGUGAGAGACCCCAGAGCAAUAGCAUCAUCAAGGGAAUACUUUAGGCUCGCUACUGAUGAUGAAAUUCUGCUUAAGGAGCAUGACAAGGCCACAGAGGGUCCAGUCAUGGCCACCAUCUGCAAUGCACAAGCAAAUAUAAGCAGAAUGGUCAAAGCAGUUGGACAAGAGAGUCGAUAUAUGCUAAUUCGGCAUGAAGAUUUGUCAAAAGAGCCAAUUGUGAAUGCCAAAAAAAUAUAUGAAUUUUCUGGCCUUGAAAUGACACCAGAUCUGGAGAGAUGGGUAUAUAAUGUCACCCAUGUCCAAAGAAAAGACAGCGCAUUCAUGUCAUUUUCUCAACAGUCUUCAAAGGUCAUUCAAAAAUGGAGAAAGACCAUGGACUUCAAAAAAAUAAAGGAGAUUGAAGAAUACUGCAAGGAAGCCAUGGAUUUGUUUGGAUACUUGCCAGUAAGUUCAAUGAGUGAUCUAAAGAACAUGAGUCUAGAUUUAGUUUUAUGACGGGCUAACCCAAUAUGGAAGAGGACUUUUUAGGUGUCAUUACGUUCAAUA